UACGUCAUCAUGCGACUAUUGACGGCAGCACUGUUCCUGGGGCUGCUGCUUUCCCUGGCCCGUGCUCAGACAGUGUUCAGGGUUGGCUGCAACACUACCAACGAUGGAGGUCUUUAUCGCAUCACUUGCACGGAAGCUGAAGGCAGUGACACUAUUGUUUCAUACAACUAUACCAUCAACGGAGUGUUCCAAGGCACUAGGACUGGAGGUGACUUCCCCAUAGUGAUUGGCAAAGAAGAUCUCAAUUUGGGAGAAAACACUGUGAAAAUAGUGUUCACCUCAGCUAGAAGAGCGACUGUAGAAUUGGAGAUUCUUCUGAGGAAUUUC